AUGUUGGUGGCCGAUUCUCGUGGAUUGUUCAGUUACAUUUUUACUGAUCUUGGGCAACAAUUCCGUAUUGAUGAUUCAAAUGGCGAACAACCACAAGAAUUUCACAUUGAGCACAUUGAUCGUGGCACGGGUGAUGUAACAACUUUGGAGAAUGUGAUGCACGGGCUCGUCGAUGGCGAUUUUGUGACUUUCACUGAGGUCAAAGGCAUGGUACAAAUCAACGAGUGUCAACCAAUCAAGGUCACCGUAAAGAAACCACACAUCUUUAAUAUUGGAAACGCGGCCGCGGAUUUUGAUGCUCAUACGGAAAGUGGAAGAGGUCGUCAAGUGAAGGUGGCCUCCUAUGUCGACUACAAACCACUUGCUGAAGCCCUACGGGAUCCUGAAAUUGCUUUCUGGGAUUUUGCUCGAAUGGAAUAUCCGCAACAAUUGCACCAACUUUUUCAAGCUUUGUAUGCAUUUGAAGAAAAGCAUGGCCGUUCACCGAAGCCCAGAUGCGAUGACGAUGCAGCCCUUCUCAAAGAGGAAUUACCUGCUGACAGUGAAGUUGAUGCGAGUCUCCUGAAGAUGUUCUCAUACCAAGCGACUGGUAUGCUCGUUAACGUGUGUUCCGUCGUCGGAGGUAUUGCUGCCCAAGAAGCUAUGAAAGCUGUUACACACCAUAUGACUCCAUUGAAACAGUUUUUGUACUUGGAUCAUGUUGAUGCUCUUCCCGGUGACUGGAAUUCGUUCAACGCCGACUUGCUGACUUACGAAGAUUGUGCUCCUCGUGGAAAUCGUUAUGAUGGCCAGGCAGCAGUGUUUGGAUGGCAAUAUCAAGAAACAAUUGGAAGACAAAAAUGGUUUAUCGUUGGUGCUGGAGCAAUUGGAUGCGAGUUAUUGAAAAACCUCGCGAUGAUGGGCGUGUCAUCCGGAAAAGAUGGAUUGAUUAAAAUCACCGAUAUGGACCAAAUUGAAAUUAGCAAUCUAAAUCGACAGUUCCUCUUCAGACGCCCGGAUGUUGGAGAAAAAAAAUCGGUUGUUGCUGCACGAGCUGUCAAAUCAAUGGCUGAACGUGUUGGACCUGAUAACCGAAUCAAUUUUCAA